AACUGGGCUGUGGAGAGGAGCAGAAAGGAGAGAAAGUCUACUUGUACACACAUCUGAAAACACAGCCUAUCUGGCAUACGCUCCGUUUCUGGAAUGCUGCCUUCUUUGAUGCUGUCCAUUGUGAACGGAGGAAGCGAUCGCCCACCACAAGGGAGCGAUGGAGCCACAUGACGGCUGAGGAACGAGACGACAGCCUCCGGUUCAACGAGAAUAUUGCGUUUGGGCAACUUGGCACCUUCACACACAACAUGUUGGCCUUUGGACUGAGCCAGAAGCUGUGCAAUGACUUCCUGAAGAAACAAGCAGUGAUCGGCAACCUGAACGAAGGUUGGAUUACAACUGUGUUUGAGGAUGGCCUGGGAUUGGUGGAUUUCCACCUCUCGAAGCAGAUGUGUGUGUUUUACAUCUCGGAGGUGGAUCUCGUGGCUGGAAACAGCUACAAAAGGAAACUGGUCCAAUUCCGCAACGCGAGCACGCUGCACGGGGCGGUGCUGGUGGAGAGGACAGGCCUGAGCGAGCAGUACUUCGCCGGUGUGCAGAGGUUUGUGGUGCUGGAGCUGGGCCUGACGCUGCUGCCGGUGGCUGGACAGGCCCAGGCCUCCCAGCUCCUCAUCCAAAUGGUGCAGGAGGUCAGUAAGGAGCCCGGACACAACCCAUUCCUGAGGCGGAGCUGCUCCCGGCCGGCAGAGCCAGCGCUGCUCAUCUCCGUCCAGCAAAUCCCAGGAGUCGGCAAAGUCAAGGCAGCCACACUGCUGCAGCACUUCCCCAGCCUCCAGCAGCUUAGCCAGGCCUCCACCAGUGAGCUACAACCCCGGGUGGGACGGCUCAUUUCUCAGCAAGUCACCAGCUUCUUCUGCCAGGACUGGCCCUGAGCUCAGCCCCAGCCUCCAGUCCUGCUGUAUCUCCCGGGGGCUGUGGAUGGGGAACACGCUGUGUGGAAGAUGCUGGAGAAAGAAUAUCAAAUCACAGGGCACCGGAUUGGGGUAAAGUUCAGCCUUGGCAAAGUCAUUUUCACUUUAUUUCAAUCUCAUUUCCUUGAUGACAUACAUACACAAGCUUCAUAUUUUUACACACCUUCAUUUACCAACAGGAGCCGUUUGAGACACCCUCGUUUCUGGUCUGGUGCUGCCGGGAGCCGGGGCCGCACUAGGCGUCCUGGGCACUUAUCAGUAUUUACAUGUCAAUCAGUGUGACCAAAUCAUCUGCGACUCGCUUAACAACUGAGACGGGAAUAAACUGUACAAUAACCUUCCUUGUUACCCAACGUCCUGCGUCACACUCACAAACACACCCUGAACCAAAGUUACUUU